AUGUCUCGGCGCAGGGGCACCCCCGGGGAGGGGCUGCAGGACAUGAGGGACCGCGAGGCCCGCGAGACCCCCAGCAGCAGCAGCAGCAGCAGCAGCAGCAGCAGCAGCAGCAGCAGCAGUCGCGGAGCUGGCCGCAGCAGCUCGGACAAGAAGUCUGCGGGCCACUCGCACAGCAGCAGCAGCAGCAGCAGCAGCAGCAGCAGCAGCGGGAGCCGGAGCCGGCACUGGGGCGAGGGGAGCGAGUGGCCGCAGCAGCAGCAGCAGCAGCAGCAGCAGCAGCAGCAGCAGCAGCGGCGGCGGAGCCGCAGCGAGAGCCGCGGGGAGCGGGAGCGGAAGUACCGGGAUCGGGAUCGGGAUCGGGAAAGACCGCGGGAUCGGGAUCGCCUGCGGGAUCGGGAUCGGGAUCGGGAUCGGGAUCGACGGCGGGGGGAGCGGCCGCGGGAGGCGGAGUGGGAGCGGCCGCGGGAUCGGGAUCGGGAUCGGGAUCGGGAGGAGCGCAGCAGCAGACGCCGCGAGGAGCUGCUGCUCAGCUGCACUGCAGCAAUCCAGGGAGUUCCUGCUGCAGCAGCAGAAGAAGAAGUCGAAGAAGCUGUUCGGACUUUGGCAAUUUUAAAAAGAUUUUCGACUCCCGACUCCGUCCGCAUGCAAGUCUGCGGUGUACGUACACUCCAGGCCCUCUGCCCCCCCGCCCCACACGCCCACGCGGAGCUGCUGCAGCAGCUGCUGCUGCCCCCCGCGGCGCCAGACAAGGACCCCCCCCAGCAGCAGCAGCAGCAGCAGCAGCAGCAGCAGCAGCAGCAGCAGCAGCAGCUGCGGGUGGCCUUCGUGGACUUCCCCUCCACCGACGCUGCGCAGAAGUUCGUCAAGAGCUGCAGGGGCGAAGUCUUUCCCUUCAAGGGCCGCAACUGUCCCGUGGCGGUGCUGCUGCAGCAGCAGCAGCAGCACGACGCAGCAGCAGCAGCAGCAGCAGCAGCAGCAGCAGCAGGCGCGGCCCCCGAGGGCUCGGCCGCCUCCGACUGGAUCUGCGGCGUCUGCGGCGCGCCCAACAGCGCCGCCGCCGCCGCCGCCGCCAGCAGCAGCAGCAGCAGCAGCAGCAGCAGCAGCAGCAGCUGCUGCUGCUGCAGCGCCUGCGGCGCCGCGGGGCCCCGGGGGGCCCCCGACAGCCGCCCCAAAGAACCCGGCGGGGGCUGGGCCUUCGAGGGGCCCCCAAACCCUUCCUCUCUUUUGGUGGUUUCGGAUUUGCUGCUGCUGGACUGGGAGGAGCUGCUGCGGCUGCUGCGGCGCAAGCUGCGCCGCAGCAGCAGCAGCAGCAGCAGCAGCAGCAGCAGCAGCGCAGCAGCGCAGCAGCAGCAGCAGCAGCAGCAGCAGCAGCAGGAGAUCCAGGGCUGGGUGCUGGUCAAAGACGCCGCGGGCGCCGUCCGCCCCGACGGCUUCGCUGUGCUCAAGCUGGGGUGUACGUACACCGCAAAAGAGGCCUGGCGGCUGCUGCGCAGCUGUCGAGACACCCCAGUGGGCAAACAGAUUUGUGGGGUGCGGCCCUGGAUCAUGAGCAAGGACCAGGAGAAGCACUGGGCCGAGAUCGUCACUGUUGCUGCCAGCAGCAGCAGCAGCAGCAGCAGCAGCAGCAGCAGCAGCAGCGGCAGCAGCAGCAGCGGCAGCAGCUGCAGCAGCAGCAGCAGCAGCAGCAGCAGCAGCAGCAGCAGCAGCAGCAGCAGCAGCAGCCUACUGCGCAGGUCGUCGCCUCGCUGGUCGCUUCUGCGCAGAGAAGCGCCCAGGCCACUAAGGACGCCAUUGAGAAGGCCAAGACCACCGAGAGGAAGGCAGCAGCAGCAGCAGCAGCAGACACUCCCGCUGCUGCUGCUGCAGCAGCAGCAGCAGCAGCAGCCGCAGCAGCGGCCGCCGCCGCAGCCAACAUCCAGCAGCAGCAGCACCAGGCCGUCCCCUCCCCGCCCCAAAGCGGCUUCUCAAACGGGCCCGUCACGCCGCAGCAGCAGCAGCAGCAGCAGCAGCAGCAGCAGCAGCAGCAAACCCCGCGGGGCCCCUCGUCGGGGGGCCCCCACGGGUUCAGCGUGUCGGGGGGCCCCCGCAGCAGCGGCGGGACCUCCCCGGGGCCGCUGGGGGACCUCAGCAGCAGCAGCAGCAGCAGCAGCGGGCUGCUGCCUGCUGCUGCUGCUGCUGCUGCGCCCAGCGUCAUCGCCGACGUGGCCAGGGUCUUCGAGCGGAACUUAG